UUCGAACUCUAUUUCGGCAAUAAAACCUUGGUCACAGAUCGCCGCUACCACCGCCGCCGCCGCCUCGCCGCUCAAAACCCUAGUCCUAGUUCCCGAACCCCGGCUAGCGUCCAUGGAGAACCCCAGGCCCCUACCCCCUGCCAUCACCCCUCCCAUGGCUCCCCUCCCCGUCCACCCACCCAUCGCCCCCGUCCCCGUCCCCGUGCCACCCCGCGCCCCCGCCUCCACAUCCGCCGCUGCCGGAGGCGGAGACGAUGACGAGGUCGACUACGAGGUCUCCGACGACCACCGCGCCGCGCGGGAGCGCCACGAGCGCGCCGUACAGGAGCUCCUGCAGCGCCGGCGCGCCUACGCCAUGGCCGUGCCCACCAAUGACUCCGCCGUGCGCGCGCGCCUCCGCCGUCUCGGCGAGCCCAUCACGCUCUUCGGCGAGGGCGCGAUGGAGCGCCGCGACCGCCUGCGCGCGCUCAUGGCCCGCCUCGAGGCCGAGGGCCAGUUCGACCGCCUCCUCCGCGCGCAGGAGGACGAACGGGGAGCCUCGGGCGACGACGACGACGAGGGCACGGAGCAGAUCAAGUACCCGUUCUUCACCGAGGGGACCAACCAACUGCUCCAGGCGCGCAUUGACAUCGCCAUGUACUCACUGCCCCGCGCCAAGGCCAGGGUCGAGAGGGCCAAGCGACGCCUCGCCGACCUCGACGAGGACCCCGAGGCAGAGGCCGCCCUUGUUGUGAAGCAGGCGGCGGACUUCGCGCUUGAGCGCAGCGAGAUUGGAGACGACCGCCCGCUCACCGGCUGCUCCUUCUCCCGGGAUGCCUCGAUGCUCGCCACAAGUUCCUGGAGUGGGAUCGUCAAAGUGUGGAGCAUGCCACAGAUAGCCAAGAUUGCAACCCUGAAAGGCCAUACAGAACGUGCAACUGAUGUUGCCUUCUCCCCAGUCGACAACUGCUUAGCGACAGCCUCAGCUGAUAAAACUGCCAAAUUGUGGAACAGCGAUGGCUCACUUCUGAUGUCUUUUGAUGGUCACCUGGAUCGUCUUGCUCGCCUUGCUUUUCAUCCAUCUGGAAAGUACCUUGGUACAGCUAGCUUUGACAAGACCUGGAGAUUGUGGGACAUCAACACUGGAACUGAACUUCUACUCCAGGAGGGACAUAGCAGAAGUGUAUAUGGUGUCAGCUUUCACCCAGACGGUUCUUUAGCUGCAUCUUGUGGGUUUGAUGCGAGUGCUCGAGUUUGGGAUUUAAGGUCAGGAAGAUUGUACUGUACCCUCAUUGGAAAUGUGAAACCUGUCCUAGGAGUCGGCUUCUCCCCUAAUGGUCAUCUGGUUGCAACCACAAGUGAAGACAAUUUCUGUCGAAUAUGGGAUUUGAGGACCAGACAAAUGUUAUAUUCUAUACCAGCACAUAAGAGUCUCAUCUCGCAUGUGAAAUUCGAACCCCAGGAGGGUUAUUAUUUAGCAACAUCUUCCUAUGACACUAAAGCAGCGCUAUGGUCAACUCGGGAUUACAAACCAAUUAAAAGCUUGUCAGGCCAUGAGUCAAACGUUACUAGUCUGGAUAUUAGUGGAGAUGGACAACAGAUUGUGACUGUUUCACUUGAUAGAACGAUAAAGAUCUGGUCAUGCAGAGGCAGUGCGCGGGAUAAUGAGAUGGAGUUGGAUUAAGCAUUGAUUCCACCGUUGCUGGAAACAGGUUGUGCUAGUCUGUCCUUUUGCUGAUCUGUCCUUCCAAGCUCUUUACAUUUUGAUGAUGCUAUUUUAUUGUGUCUAUAUAACCCUUGGCCUUUGAAAUACUAGAUUACCCGUUGCGCCAAAAUAUUUGUAUUUGUUAGUAACUUUAGGUUUAGGGUACGAAUUGUAAUCCUUUUAUAUGAAAAAUUAAGAAAGACUUAUAUUUCAAAA